AUGAACAUCGCUGACUACGACGACUCUAGCGAGUUGAUCAUUGUCGAGGCGGAUCAAUCGAGCGCCCACUCAUCUCCAGUGACACAAUCUUCAGAGACCUUCAAGUUUGACAUGGAGGGAGGCCCGAUACACGCCGGCAUCUAUCAGCUCGUCCAGUUUGGGGGAGAGACAGCGAUGGAUCUGUCAGCAGGCGAUAACAGAACACUUAUAGCGUACGGGAAGCACGAGAGCGACAAUCAAAAGUGGGAGUUCUCUCCGCUGGGAGCCGGAUACUCCAUCAAAGGCAUGCAUUCGGGGACAUAUCUCACCUGUGAGACGGUGCAGAUGAACGCCACGAUAAUCGCGACUCCGUAUCCUGUAAGCUGGUCCGUAGAGAACAUCUCCGGCAAGCAAGAGCCAACUGUUCGGAUUGUGUGGCCAAACAGUCCUUUGGCAAUGACAUUGAUCAGCUCGAGCUCUGGGACCAGGGUGAAGCUGGCGUCCGUUGGGCAGACAGGACAGGAAUGGGCGGCUCAUCGCGUUGGUGAGCUUUCGACAAACCCCCAACCAGGACCUGGUGCGCCGGUAGUCACUCAGUCGACGUACACGAUAUCGAGCUCCGAGCCUGCUAUACGCGUGAACGGGGGAGGGAACCACCCUACAAUCGUUAUCAACAGCAGAGAUGCCAUUCCGGAAAGCGGGGAGUUGGUGUUCACGUCAACAACCACUACGGUGACCAAGAUUGAUAGAAAUGUGAGGAAGUAG